AUGGUCGAUGAAGCUACAAAGAAGACGCUUGCUGCGAUUCCCCUUCUUAAAACCCGAGCGGGUCCUUUAGAUGGGGAAAUGUGGAUCCAAAGACUGAAAGAGGAAUAUCAAGCACUAAUAAAAUACGUUGAAAAUAAUAAAGCUUCAGACAACGAUUGGUUUCGUAUCGAAUCGAACCAAAAUGGAACUCGGUGGUAUGGAAAAUGUUGGUACAUACAAGAUAUGAAGAAAUAUGAGUUCGAACUCAAUUUUGACAUUCCUGUUUCAUAUCCCAGCACAAACCCGGAACUUGCUCUACCAGAACUAGAUGGAAAAACAGCAAAGAUGUAUAGAGGCGGAAAAAUUUGCCUUACUGAUCACUUUAAGCCACUCUGGAGUAGGAAUGUUCCGAAAUUUGGUAUUGCACACGCAAUAGCACUUGGAUUGGGCCCUUGGUUAGCUGUGGAAAUACCUGACCUCAUAUCGAAAGGAAUUGUUAAACACAGAGAUGAUGAAUAA